AUGAAAAGCGACAUAUUAGAGAGUUAUUUUACUUCAUUUCAUAGAAUAUUUUUAGAAAGAACACAAACUCGAAAUACCACAUUUUAUGAACUAACUAAUGAAAAUGAAGAUCAAGGAAAUUUAAAUAUAUCAAGACGGUUUGGCUCAUUCAAAACAUUACACUUUACUGUUACUAGUAAUAAUAAUCCGUUAUUUUUAUUUGAUGAAAAUCAAAUUAUAAAUGAAGAUAAAGUACUACAAAUUAGACCACCAAUUAAUGACGUUUCAUGUAUAACUUAUUGGAACUCAAUCUAUGGAGAGUAUAUAAUUAUUGGACAAACAACGGGGUUUAUAUCAUUUGUUGAUUUAAAAGAAGGAGGAAUAGUUAAAACAAUUAGAAUUGUAGCUUCAAGAAUUUCUUCAUUAAAAGUAGUCAAAACUACAAUUGGGUAUCAGUUGAUAAUCAUUUCUGAACAUGAUAAACAACAAGAAAUUACAUUGUUAUUACUCCAAAAACAAAAUAAAAGUAUUUUUGAAGUAAAUUCAACUUUUAUUCCAGUGGCAAUUGGAGUGUUUGAUUUAGUUUCAAUGAAUGAAAAUGAAAUUAUUUGUUAUUCUAAAGAAAACAAUGAAAUUGAUACUUUUACAAUUGACACAGACCGUUAUGUUCACUCAUACACUUUUGACCUUAAAGGUAUUAAAAAUGAGAUUGUUGGUAUAUUCCAUACAAAUGAAACAAUUAUUUUAUUAGUAAUAAAAGUUAUUAGUAGAUGUAAAGUAUUAAAUGUAGAAAUUUAUUCAACUUAUUCAUUUAUUUCACAUAACCCAUUACUUAUUCAAACAAUUGAAAUACCUGUUUGUUUAUCUUUAUUAUUAUAUAAUAAAAUAUUUUAUUUAAUGGUAUAUAGAAUGAAUAUGUUAUUGGAAUUUAUCCAAAUAAGUCUAUAUCAAGUCAUAUUAAAUACAAUGGUUUAG